CCAGAUUCGCUGCCGAUCCGAUCGCAAUAUUUGCUAUUAAGAAUACCUCUUGAGCUAUGGCAAAGAAGAAGAACAAGAGCCAGAAUGCUGCUGAGCCCCCAGACAAUCCAAUUCCUCCCAGUUCUUCUGCAUCAACUUCAACAAAGACGAAGGACACAAAGACAACACAGCCAUCGACAUCGGCUCUCAUAAUCUGUCGAAAUAAGCAUUGGCGAUACAUCUCGUCCUUCCACGGGCCAUGGCUACAAUUACCCCCAGAGGUCCUUGAAAGCCUUGCACAUAACAAUUACAAUCUGCCUCGACCUCGACCCAUUGACCCCGCAGUCUUCUUCGACCUCCUCAAGAUUCGACAACUCGUCGACGAAGCUACCAAUCUUGCCGUACGCGCAGCGAGUGGUGUCACAUCGUCUACUCUUACAAAUUCCCUAAAUGCUGGUAACGGACUGUUGGGCAAUGGCGGGGCAGCACUGGGACUCGGACUCGGCGGAGGGGGUGGCAAUGCCAAACUGAGCAGAGAACGAAAACACCGCAUGAGGGAGCAGGCCACUCAGAAGCUUUCGAAGGCAUAUCACUUGGAUGAGAUUGCGUGUAGCGUUGCAACCAUGCAGUCGGCAUCGACGUUGGAGGACGUCGCCCAACUCGUUUUGCAGAGAAAUCCGCUCGAUGCAGAUGCGAAAUACGUGCACUUCUUCCAUGAAAAGAUACCUUCACGCCAACUUGCUGAGUGUACGAGCUUGCAACCACUUGACGAAGUCAUUGCGGAACGCCCAAGUGAAGGUGAAAUCUUGAGGACCCGUGCGGUUACGAAGAUAUUCAAGGACGAUUUCGUUGGUGCAGCACAAGAUCUUACAGCAGCACUACAAGUAUGUAGAUAUUUUCAGAGUCAGCACAAAGCAGGAAGACAACAACUCCAGUUGGCAAGUGAGGCGUUUGCUGAAGCACAACAUAACGGCAGAUGGAAGGAGGAAAUCAAGUUGGAUGAAGAGGAUCACCCAAGCAGUCUUGAAACCCAACUUCUAUUCCACCGAGCUGGUGUCUACCUGACGAUUGCUUGCCAACAUGUCAAUGAAGCUCUCCCGCCCAAAACCUCCCCCAAUGGAGCGAAUGAUGUGAAGGCUGAGCGUGUGAAUGGCAUUUCAGAGUCCCAACCUGAGGAAGUCGAGAGGACUCCGGCCGAAAAAGAAUCAAAUCGCAUAUGUCUUGAGGCGCGUAAAGCCGUCAAGACAAAUGCAAAGAGAGCUCUGAGGGAUUACGUUGCCUAUCUAUCACAUUUCGACUACACCCCUGGUCUACCAGCGGAGAUCACAGAGGAAUUUGUCCGCAAAGUAAAUCAAGCAGCGAACGGAUUCAAGAUCCCCAGGCCACAGAACCAUAGCAGAAGCCUUGACUUGGAGAGCAACUCCUCUCUGAGCAACGGCCAGCUCUCUGAUGCUCUUGUGCCGCAGAAUGGACUUCACAGUAGCCGUAACCGCCAACAUUCUGGGACAGCUCGUUCUGAACUCCCAAGCCUUCCACCUCCAGUCGUCUAUCAAAUCUCAGCAUUGUUCUCAGCAACUCCUCCAGCUGAUCUUCCUGCAUACCCGGAAACUGCGACUGCGCUUACUACCAAACAGCAACUGCCGACGACACAAUCCGAGGCCGCAAAGGCUAUUCUAGCGCAGACAGACUGUCACGAAGCAUUAACCUACCACCCACUUCUUACAGAUGCCCUUCAUUCUUUGCUUCUUUGUCAUUGCCUUGUCCAAACCUCGUCACGCGAAUUGCAGCGCCACGCACACAUGGUAGCGAGACUGGCUCGAGUAUGCGACGGCUAUCCUAUUUUCCAAGCUGCACGUUCGCCUAGCCGUGCUGAUUGGAUAGAAGUUGUCCGUCGUGGCGAUAAUUGGAUACAGCUGCAACAGUCUUGGGAGUCUCUUUGUGCUCCAGCUCCCCUCCCUGGCCAAGUGUCACCAAACCCGCAGAAGGAAACACCUGCCGAGAAGAAGGAGCGCCUCAAACAGCAGGCUAUAAUGGAGGCUUUAGAGGAUGACCGAGUCCACGAUGAGGCCAGUUUCCAUGCCGCGGUUGCAGCCAGACAGCGUCGCCAGGAAGAAGAAGCCCGAAAAGCUGAUGGCAAAGAAAUGCCGAAACGUUGGGCUCAGGAGGAUGGGAAAGAAUACCCUAUCAGUACUGAGAGAGCAGCAGCAAUUGUGCGUUGGGUCAGAGAAGCCCCCAUUGGUGGUGAAGCUGCUGGGCCUCGUAAGAAGAAGAGGGCCGGAGCCAAAGGCAAAGGCAAGGCCAAAUCUAGCGUAGAGGACUCGAUGUCGGGGUUGAACGUUGAUGAUUCUAAUGACUUCGAACCCGUCGAGGAAGAAGUCGAUUGAGCCGCAACAUAGGGGAGAACAAAGUGUCCGGGUAAAGCAACCAAUCAAUGAUUGUUCAAGCAAGAUCUGCAAAUAGUUUAUGUAGAGUGCUUCCUGCAUGUCACCCCGCCCUUAUGUUGACAUCACACUCAACUUCAGGGCGUAAAUGGAGAUCAUGUCGCCG